AAAAACCGGCUUCUUCUCACAUGUCAUAUGAGGACACUUCAAGGUCUUUCCAAAUGGACCACCAUAGUUACGUGAACCCAGAGAAAAAGCUUCAGGAAGUUCCAGACUAUGUAAAUGAGAGCAGCAUUACAAAGGAUGCAGAUGACCCAAAUUUUUUCUACAGUGACCCAAAGAAAUUGGCCGAAAUAGAAAAGUUUGAUCAGGGCAAUAUUUCACACUCUGCAGAUGAUGAACGUUUUUUGGCCUAUGAUAAAAAGAAAAUUGGAGAAGACACUAUAGGUGGCAGCACAGGAGGUGGUCCACGCAGCAUGAGCCCUCUUGAAUUGCAAAAACAGUAUGAUGUUGCAAAGGAAAAAGAGACCCAGUCUGGAAAUUUUGUUACAGCUGAAAAACGGCCUGGUCUUUUGAGAACUUAUAGUCCAUUACAACUCCAAAUGAGUUAUGAUGC